AUGCAAUCCUCGACUGAAUACCCUUCUGCGAUGGCCUCAUCUCCAGAAAUUCCAACCCCAUUAGAUGUUAGCGGCUUCGUCAGCUACAGAAUAGCCAUGGAGAUUUCUUCUCAGGCUAUACUAGCGGCUGAAAAUCGGAAAAAUUUUGAAAAGGCAAAACAAGCCAAAUGUAAUGCUAUUGAGGCUAGUCAAACACAAGCCGUUGAUGAGGCCGCCAGCCAAACACAAGAACCAACCCAAGUCCAGCUUCAAAAUCUAGCCCAACAACAAAUGGCACUUUACCAUCAGCAGCAAAUGGCAUACUAUGCCUAUAUGAUGGCUCAACAGCAUCAGGCAAUCAUGAUGGCUCAGUAUCAACAACAGCUACACUUACAACAUCUUUACAACGUUCAGCACAGUGUAAACAUCCCAGAACCAAAUGUGGCGUCAAAUAUCAAUUUAUAUCCCACACCAUGCACGUCUACUGAACCAGCAGAUUCACUUCCAACUUCUUGGACUCCACCGCUACACUGUUCAACUCCACUUGAGCAAGCGAUCUUAAUAGCCAGCAGUGCAAACACUACAGCUUCAGUAGACUCAUCGUUAAAUGAUUCGAAGAAUCUGCAACAUUCUGCAGUAUUCAGCGCUAAGACCAAAAAGAAUCAAAAACCGUUAAAACAUAAAGAAAACUACAGUGAAACUGAAGAAGAACUAGUACAACUUAACGAUGAACACAUGACACAUGUAGUUGGCUAUGUGGCCAACUUAUUUGAAGCCGAUGAAUCCAAAGUCAGCCCCGUAUCUUCAAGUAAAUUUGAGAGAAUUUCAUAUGAAGAUCAGCAGAAACACGUUAACUUUGAUUCUAAGAAACUGAUGAUGAAGUCAACGAUGAGAACGCAAGGAAUACAACUGCUAAAUGGAGACGUAUUCCCAGUUAUGAAAAAUCAACCUAUUUGGCCAAUGUACGCUGCCCAACCUGUAAAAGAAAUUAAUGAAAACGUUCCACAGGAAAUUGUCUACAGUUCUUUAAGGCUAAAACGACACAACCGUAACUACAAAACCGAAAUGUGUAAGAAUGUUUCUGAUGGCUCGGAAUGCCCUCGAGGAGAAGCUUGUGGGUUCGCUCAUAACAAGGAAGAAUUAAGAGAGUUGUCAAGUGUAAGUUUUGUUUUCCCAACAUUCUAAAAAAUUUUACCGUAAACCAAAAUAAAACUUUUAAAUAAUAUACCUAUAAUACCAACAUAACUAAAUCUUAUAAAUCUGUACUAUAACACUAUAAUUAACGUUACCUAAUUUCAGAACAAUACAAUAAAUAGUACCAAACUCUGUCGCGCGUAUUCAACCACAGGAUUCUGUUUGUACGGCGACAAAUGCCGAUUCCAACAUAAAUUUUUGAAUGGCAUUGUUUAA